AUGGAUUCAACUAAGAACUUUAGGAACAAGAGAGUCCACCACACAGCGGGGUAUGCUCCCGGGACCUUGGAUACAGCCCUUUCUGGUGGACACUCGUGUCUGAACUCAUGCUGUCCCCAAUCUAGCCUCCAAACAGGCAUGCAGGGUGCCGUUGGAAAGCCCCAAGGCACAGCGGCCAGAGCCCACAAUGGCCAAGUCAUCAUGUCCAUCCGCACCAAGCUGCAGAACAAGGAGCAUGUGAUCGAGGUCCUACACAGAGCCAAGUUCAAGUUCCCUGGCUGCCAGAAGAUCCACAUCUCCAAGAAGUGGGGCUUUACUAAGUUUAAUGCGGAUGAGUUUGAAGACAUGGUGGCCGAGAAGCGCCUCAUCCCAGAUGGCUGUGGAGUCAAAUACAUCCCUAAUCGUGGUCCCCUGGACAAAUGGAGAGCCCUACACUCAUGA